UGCAGCUAGAAGCCCGCGGUUUACAAACUCUACCGCUGGACUAAGUGAAAAGGUUUACAUUAAAUCUUCCUUUUUCAUUAACUUACCUAAUGGAAUGGUGUCAAAGUUGUGCUGACGCCACGGUGACGUAAUCUCGGACUAAAGUCGUUGAAAUUGCAGCGUUAACAGUGAUAUUUAAGAACCAAACACCGCGCGACUUGGUUUUGUUUGUAGCGGCAGUAACGCAUAGGUUAGGUUAGCAGAUGGCUAGUUAGCCACAUAGCGCAGUGGAGGUAACGUUGCCUUGUCAACAAGCGUCAACUCAACCUGCUGCUCCCUUGUAGGAAACAGGCCGCACAGUUUCAUACUACGACUUGGGCUGGAUUACCAACAGCAAUGUCGCUGUCGACUGAGGCUCAUUUUGGUUGGAGCCAAAGCAACAGAGUUAAAGGAGACACUAUAUGUGUGUUGCCCGACCUCACCCCUGAUCUCCCGGACGAUGACUUUGACCUGAAUAAGUCCUACCCAUGUACUCAGAGACCGGUUUACAAGAACAACAUCUGGGCAUCGCAGCGUCGUUACUGUCAUAGUUACUUGGGCGGUGAAAGUUUGGAUAUUUGCACUUCUGUCGCAGCAAGAAACCUUCAAAUCUCAAGCUUACAUCGUGGCUCCCAAGUUGCUGCUGUUCCCCUGCCACAUCCGUCCACUAUGUCAGAGACAGAGGAAAUCUUGUUCAGUCAGCUAAUCUCUGGAGAGUUUGGCCUGUCUGGAUCGCCGUCCACCCUCAACCCAAACAAAGUUCUUCUCACGGUCAACCAUAAAACCAGAGAGAUUUUGUCAGCAAAUGAACAGGCCUGCAAACUGCUUGAGUGCAGGCCUAAUGAGCUGAUUGGAAAAAAGUUGCUCUCUAUCUUGAAGAAAACCAGUCAGGUCCUGGAAGAAGCAUUGGAAGAAGAUUUUCUUUUAAUGGAUGGAACUGUUGCGGCUGUGUCUGGAAAAGUGGUGGAUGUUGUGACAUUAUCUGGAGAGAUGCCAGUGUCAGUGUGUACCCACAGGUGGUCACAAAACGAAGAUCCCUGGCUUGUCAUGAUGGAAAGUGUGGAAAGGUUAUCGGCCUUUCUGUCUUUUACACAAGAUGGCCGUAUCCUAACCUGUGACUUGGCGUUUGCCCAUCUCCAUGGAUACCAACAUCCUGACGAGUUAAAAGGGAUGUCUGUGAAGGAGCUAAUCCCCUCUUUACAAAUCCCCCUGCACAGAAAUGCAUGGCCCAAGAUGCUGAGGAUUCAGAGAGUGUGUGGUAAAAGCAAAGGAGGUGCAUCCGUCCCACUGUGUGUCAAACUUCAGGGUGAAGUGGUAUGUGGGAGGCCCCAACAUCAAAACAAUGGGACUGGUAUCACCUGCCCAACAGAGAGUCUUGAAAGACCCGAUGCACAGGAAAUCCAGCCAUGCUGUCCACUCACCUCCUCUGUGUGCAAGUCAAACGGCUCAAACCCUGAAGAGCAAUCCUCUGAAGUGAAAUUGGACAGCAUUGUCCUCUCCCCCAGCCCUGCACUGGAGUACUCGGGAACAGUUUGGGUGUUUGCUCCUCUAAGCGGUCUCCUCCUGCUCCACCCUGAUGGCUCAAUCUGCAGCAUCCACAACCACCUGGCUCUCAGUCUGUUUGGCUAUGACAAGGACGAGCUGCUGAGAAAGAGUGUCACUUUUCUGAUGCCUGGUUUCUACGGAUGGAUGUCUGACGCGGACAGAAGGGCCAAUCCCUUCCCUGACUCCCAAACAGAGGUUAAUAAAAGUACAGCCUCAUCCAAAAUGUCAGGGAAAUAUGACCCUUCCUCACUGGUGGCUGGUGAUAUGGCCAUGGUGCAUCAGGCUGUUCUGGGAAGAACCUCCAUAGGAAGAGGCAGAAUCUUCACUGGAACCAGCACCAGGCUGGAGAAACCGGGCAGCGCUUUGUCUACCCUUUCUCCUCCUGCUGUCACCUCCACAAGAGUGGUUAUGGCUGAUGACACUACGGAGCUGAUGGAGGAGGCGGCCCAGGUUGCUCUCUGCGCGAGCCAGCUAGACGGUGCUGACAGCACGCAGGCACUCCUCAAGACGUUUGCAUUGGUGGAACCUCCAGAAGACGAGACCUACUGCCUGGUUACCACCAUACCACCACACCCUAACCAAGACCAGCAGCUCGGCGGUGAAGUUCAUAGAAAUAAUCAACCUGCCACCAGGAUUAUCUCAGACACUCCCAGUCAGAAUGGACAUGCUGUUUGCACGGUGGGUGGCCCUUCUCCUGAUGUAGGCAAAGCCCAUCGCUCAUGUGCCUCUGCCCACCAAGACUCCAGCUUUGAGGUCAUCUCACUGGAGAGCAGGUCGUCAUCUGGCUUCUGUGAAAAGUUUGCUGGCCACGGUGGUUCUGAUCCAAGCCAGGCAGAGGAUUCUCGUUCAGCACACAUCGUAGCCUCAGCCAGCUGUUUCCUGGACGUGAACAGCGAUGGUGAUCUGGUGACCCGGGCCUUAGCCGACCUAGAUCUGAGCAGGAGUAUAGAGCUUCUCAGUGGCGGAGGGUACAAUGAUGAUAACCAGCGCUCCAUGACAUCCUGCGAUACAGCUGAGCUGCUGCGUACACCCUCCCCGUGCGUGGUAGGGUCUGACCAGGAAGCUGAGACUGGGAACGCUGGUGUUGAGGCCAGAAGCUCCAGUGAAGUGCGAGUAGAAAACGACCAGGACGAGCAGGAUCAGUGGGCAGCUCUUUCUACAAUUCACAAAGAAAAGAGUCGAGAGUUCUGCAUGCCAGUAAACAGUGGGAAUCAGUCAAUGACAGACAUUCCUGCCACAUCUACUCCUAAGAAACAGAAGGUGAAUGGACACAACCAGGCCUCAGACACUACACAGAUACUGGAGGGGCGAUACGAAGGAAGCGGGUACCACAGAGAUGGCACGAGAGUAGAUGUGCAGUGUGAUGUGUGCAGGACUGACCUCCCUGAUGGAAGCUCCAUGUUCUGUGUGUGGAUAAGCAGGCCUGGCCAGCAGGGGGCACAAUUGCAUACAGGUCGACCACUGCACAACCAGUCAGGAGCCAGUCUAGGAGAGAGAAUUGGUGAGGCCAGUCAUGGGGACGUUUUACGCUCUACCAUGGAUCUAGACCAGUCUCAAGCCUGCGACGGGCAGUUUCAAGAAGAGUACCAGCCUCUUAAGGCUGUGGGGAAAGGAGCCUUCGGUUUUGUCUGGAAAGCAAUAAGGCGCUCUGAUGGAACAGAAGUAGUAGUGAAGUUCAUUAGCAAGGCCAGGAUAGUAAGUGACUGCUGGGUAGAUGAUCCCAUGCUGGGACGAGUCAGCCAGGAGAUUGCCAUACUGACACGAGUACAGCACCACAACAUAGUCAAGGUGCUGGAGGUGUUUGAGAAUGGGAGUUACUUCCAGAUGGUGAUGGAGAAACAUGGAGAGGGCUUAGACCUUUUUGAGUUCAUAGACAUGCAGCCAAGGUUGGAUGAGCCCCUGGCCAGCUACAUCUUUAGACAGCUGGUGGCCGCUGUCUUCUAUUUGAGGACUAAAAACAUCCUUCACAGGGACAUAAAAGACGAGAACAUCAUUAUUGACAAAUGUUUCCACAUUCGACUGAUAGACUUUGGCUCGGCUGCCAUGAUGGCUCCCAGGAAGCUCUUUUACAAUUUCUGUGGCACACUGGAGUACUGCUCCCCGGAGGUGCUUCAAGGAAAUCCCUAUCAGGGUCCAGAGUUGGAGAUGUGGUCUCUUGGUGUGUUGCUCUACACUCUGCUAUUCAGUGAGAACCCUUUCUGUGGCGUUGAGGAGAUCCUGGAUGCUAAACUGAAGCCCCCGUUCCACCUCUCUCCAGACCUGCAUGGUGUGUUAUGUGGGCUGCUGCACCCUGAUCCUGCUCAGAGAAUGACUCUGGACCAGCUGCUGCUGCAGUCCUGGAUCAGCCAGCCCAUUUCACUGGCCGAGUACAGCUGGACAGAGGUGGUCCCUGCAACUGAAAGCUACUGCUCACCACACCACCUGGAGCCCAUUCCUAAAGUGUUUAUCACUCAUGGCUUGUUCCCAGAUGAAUACGACAAGACUCUUCCUGAUGAUGAGGAGGAGGAGGAGGAAGAAGAUGAGGAUGAAAGGUUGUCAAUGGUGGCCCUGGAAACAGAGCUUCAGAAGUACCUCCAUGAAGAUUAAAGACUGAAUUUGUGCAAAGAGGACAUGAAGUGCAAAGUAAGAAAAAGGAAGCUUGUCUUAGUCCAAGGCCACAAACAGACACUACCGCCUAGAGAGGAGUCUUCCAGAGACAAAUGGACCUUUACCUUAAUUAACUUUACACAGCUUGCUACCAAGAGUAAUGAAUAUAAUUUUCAAGCUGUUGUUGAGCCAAAUGUGCUUUUUUUGACAUAUUUGUAAAUGCUGAGUGCAACACAAAGCAAAAGCGUCAUGUCGAUUUUGAUUCUUAUAUCAUGUAUUUUAUUUAUUCUUUGGAUUUAGGGAAAAAUUGAAGCAUUAAAAUCAUAAUAAUUGUUGAAGGGAUCCAGCUUUGCCACCAAAACGCAGAAGUGACCUCAACCUUGAGCUGUUUACUCAGAGAAACCACACAGAGAAUUUAGUUUGAUUGAAAGGAGUUGAAGGGAAUUAUUUUAUCAAUGCAACUGUUCUGUUUUGUGUUCUUGAUUUUAAUCUCAAUGUUUUAAUAAAAAAUUGUAAGUAUAUUUACAAUAUUUUAUCUAUUUAUUUUUAAACAUAAAUAAAUAUUUGAC